CAGAAUUACCAAUCUAGUGUUUUUUUGAAAUACCCUAGACAUUGUAGUAAUUUUCACUAGCAGGACCUUCAUCGACUUUUGACGUUUUAGAGGAAGGGCCUGUCAAAUAUCGUAAACAAUUUCAUCUUUUUUCUCUUUUGCCUCAAUAUGCGGUUGUUUGGUCGGCGAUCCAGUACCGACCAAACAAGAAGACCCAUUACUAAACUUCAAUAUGAAGUACACAACUGGACGAAAAUGUCUGAUGAAGAAGUGAUUGCUGUAUUAAAAGAAGAUUAUCAAUGUCUUCCAACGAAAAAAUGGAAGAAAUCAAUUCCCAAGGAGGUGAAAAAUCUCACACCUCUCACAUCAGGAAAUCAAAAUGUUCUAAUACCCCUUGUUGCGGUAUUAUCUGGUCUUGCUUUUGGUUACGAUAUGGGAAUCGGUAAACCAUUAUCAACAUUUAUUAUUCAUGAUUUUAAUCUCACUUGUCGUCAAGAGAAUACAAUUCUCAUUGUAUGGUUUGUCGGUGCUCUUAUUGGCGGCUUAUUUGGAGGUUUUUCAAUUGAUACUUUUGGUCGUCGAUUUACAAUGAUUUUGUCAUUAAUAAUAUUAGCGUUUGGAUCAAUAUUAUCGUCAUUAGCGAAUCACUAUAUAUUAUUUUUGGUGGCGAGAAUUAUUUGCGGUUUCUCUGGGACAAUUUCGGCAAUGUCACAUUGUAUUUACAUGGCUGAAGUUUCCGAUAAACGUAAACGAGGAUCAAAUAUAACGUUACAUCAAAUUGGCACUGCCUCGGGACUUUUAUUCGCUAUAAUUGUUGCAGCCACCAAAGGCACCGAAUGUCAAUGGCGAUUUAUUAUUGGUCUCACAUCUGUUCCAGCAUUAAUUGCAUGCAUCAUUAUUAUUAUAUUUCUACAUAGAUCGCCAUCAUUUCUUUUAUUGAGAAAAUUAUCUAAUAUGCCAAAACAUGUGAAUCAAUUGUCAGCAUCAAUUAACGCUUGGUGUUAUAUUCUCAAAAUGUUUAUUAUUAUGACAGUGAUGCUAAUUUUGAGACAAGGAACAGGAAGACAUCAAGUACUCGCCUAUGCUCCGAGACUUUUUUCUCUCCUUGGCAUGUGUCCUGACGAUGCAGAAGUUGCGGCAUCAAUAGCACUUGGAAUAAUAAAAGUCUUCAGCACUUCAUUGGCUCUUGCUGUUGUUGAACGUUGUGGACGUCGUACGGCUUUAAUAACUUCGGCAACAAUUUGUAUGACUACAAUUUCAUUAUUGUCACUUUUGGCGACAAUGGACAGAGGAGACGAUUCUUUGAAUCUUAUUCGUGAAUCGUGUAAAAAUAAUAUUCCAAAUGUCACUGACACUAUUAAUCAAAAUGCAAAUAUGCCAAUUGGAUUUCCGCCUCCCUAUCCUUUAUUGCCAACACCUCUUGCUAUUAUUGCUCCAAAUCCAAAACCUUGGACACAAAUAAAAACCACUUGCGAGCCUCAAUCUACAUCGGAAGGCUUAACGGGUGGUCUUCAAAUUCUUGCUGUAGUCACUUUAUUUGUCUACGAAUCGGCUUACGCUUUGGGAAUUGGUCCAGUUCCGCUUUUAAUUCUUUGCGAAGUAUUUCCUGCAACUAUUAGAGGAAGAUCGAUUGGCUUUUUUGUGAUUGUCCUCUGGAUUUCACAUGUUUUGAUUUCUGAAUCAAUUUUCAAAGUGACCAAAAUGCUGACCCUGGCUGGUGCCUAUUUAUUGUAUAGUUUCGUCUGCCUAAUCACAAUAUUUUAUGUUUUCUUAUUUAUUCCUGAAACGAAGAGGAAAUCCUUGAAUCAAAUUGCUCACGAAUUAUAUAGAGUUUCAUUAAAAACAAGAAUUUGCGAGAAUUUAAGAAGUUUACCGCUAGUCUGUCAUAUCGAGUGGAUUAUGAAAUAUGGCGAUAAUUCGAAUAAUGAACAAAGUACGCCUAUUUAAAAAGGCGCGCUUAGAUAUUAGAGAAGAAUAACAUAAAAAAAAGAAGUGAACGGAAAAAAAGUAUUAUCGCAUAUGACAUGAAAAAAAAACAAAAA